UUCAAUAAGGAAGGUCCACAACAAACAAGCAAAAUGUUCUCUAUCAGAUUUAUCGUGCUUAUCGCUGCGGCGUUUGCCGUAAGUGUCGAAUCCAGCGCCGUGCCAGCAGUUCCUGUGGCUGCCCCAUUGGUAGCCAAUGCCCAUGUAGGCUACGCUCACGCGGUUCCUCAAAAUAUUCCACCGUAUGCGGCGCAAGUUAACGCAUUCAGCAAAUUUUUCAAUCCUGUGAUUGCUGCACCUUUGGCGGGCCCUGCAGCGUUGGCUGCCCCAGUUGCUGCCCCAUUGGCUGCUCCAGUUGCUGCUCCAUUGGCGGCCCCAAUCGCUGGACCCUAUGCCGCUCCAUAUCUUGCCGGUCCAGGGCCGUAUGCUCUACCCACAGGUUAUGCUGCCCCUUUUCCUUAUGCCGCUCCUUUUCCGUACGCAUCGGCACCUUUAGUAAGAGCUCCUUACGGCAUCGCCCCAGCAUUUGUUCGAUAG